GUACUGUCAGAGACAGAAGAGGAAAAGAGACACCCCACUCGCUGUAUUUUCCUGGUUCAAUUAACGUCAAUGAACUAAGUAGACCCGACCAGGCCCAGCUGCAAUCGCAUUGGAGUCUGAGAGACGCACCCAGUUAAGUAGACCGGAACUGAUCAUUUGUUUCAAUGGUAAACGGCUUGUGUGAACUAUCUUCAUUUAUCCACCAUCUUUGUUACUGUCUGCUGCUCUUCCAUCGGAAAAGAUGGCUGCCUCGGCAGCAUCGGCGGGUUCUACCCCCGGUUUUUGCCCAAGCUACGCCGUGAUAUGCUCUUUUCUAGAGCGGUAUGGAACCUUGCUUGAUUUACCGGAGCUUACAUUUCCACAGUUGGAGCGAUAUCUCCAAGACACAAUCUCAGUUCCAAAGAUCUUGGUGGACCUUCACGUGAAGUUGUUGAGGAAGAUUGGCAAGUCAGUGUCCGCAGACAGAUGGGAGAAGUACCUUGUGAAGGUGUGCCAUGAGUUCAACAGUACUUGGGCAUGGGAGCUUGAAAAUAAAGGAUACAAGGACAUGUCUGUGGAGUACAAGACUGGAAUCCUCAAACAUUUGUGUGAAUGCCAGUUUGAUGACAAUGUAAAGUUCAAGACAGCAAUCAAUGAGGAGGAUCCUGAUAAGAUGCGGCUUCUCCCCAUUGGCAAGGACAAAGAUGGCCUGAUGUACUGGUUCCAACUUGACCAGGACAAGAAUGUGAGGGUCUAUGUGGAGGAGCAGGACGACCUGGACGGGUCUUCCUGGAAGUGCAUUGUCAGAGACAGAAACAGCUUGGCUGAGAUCCUGGCACUGCUAAAGACUCAAAUCGACCCAGCACUGUUGACUAAGAAAGAAGGAGAGGAGGAAGAUGAGGCGAAAAAUAAUACUGGGGGAGAAGGGGAAGUUAAAAAGACAGAGGAUACCUCAGAGGAUGAAGAGGACAAACCCUCCAAGGGAACAACUUCCUUAGUCUCUCCAAAAACCGAGAUUACAGAAAAAGAGGAAUCACAGCUAGACGAAUCAGAUGCCAAAUCCUCAUUGAAUGGCCUCAAAGAUGAGUCAGAGUCAAAAAGCCAAUCAGAGGAGCCUAUGGUGGAUGACAAGGUCACCAUAAACACCUGGGCCAUCAAAGAAGAGCCAAUGGAGGUGUCAGAAUCCAAGGAGAGCACAACCACAAAUGCUACAGAGCCUCUUGCAGAGAAACCUUGUCUGACGCCACAAACAGAACAGACAGAUGAAGCCAAGAGGAAGACUGCAAAUGAACUCCAAAGGGCCAUGAAGAAUGACCAGCAGGCCAAAAUCCCAUUGAAAAAGAGAGAGAUGAAACUUUGUGAAAAUUUUGAUAAUAAUAGUGGCGGUGGCAGUAGUAUCUUUGUGCGAAACCCAUCUGUUGCUCCUGUCAAAGAAGCUCCUGAAGUUGAGGAGACAAGUAAAGAGAUCUCUGAUGCCCCGGUGGGGACGAUAGAGUGUAUAAGUGAUCAAAUGAAUGGUGAUGCUCAGCCUACAACAGAAACAAGUGUCAAUAAUGGUUUAAGAGACUCUGUUGAUGGCAAAAAACAGCAAACAAAAGCUGCUGCUGGGGAAGAACGUAAAGCAGCAGAAGCUAGUGCAAAAGAGAAAAUAAACCUGGACAAGGAGAAAGAGGAGAUGGCAAGCAACACUGAGGUGGCCAUGGCCAAUGAAACAAGUCUACAGAAAAUGGUUCCAGCAGAAAAGGAAAGCACUGAAUAUUCAGAGGAAGUAAAAAAAUCGGCCUUAAAAGAGGCUAAAUCUCCGUCCCCUCUAAUGACAAAGCCAUUGACUUCAUCUAAGGAUGCAACAAGCCCACCGGAGAAGCACUCUGAUUGUAAAGAGGAACAAAAUGUCAAGGUAUCCAAGUGGGAUGUAAAAGUGUGUCGUACAGAACACACAACCUAUACAUCAAUAGAAACCGAUGAAAACCCUUUGUCUAGUAAGUCACAGAAACCAGAUGAAACUAAAGGAACAGAUUCAUCCAUUACCUCUCAAGAGGUCAAGUCAGCUGUCUCUAAGGAAACAGACAAAACAGUUGUGAAUAAGGACGGUUAUCCCCUUUCUGUCGUGAAAGAUAUGGAAAAAACACCCUGCACAAAAGGUACAGAAAAGUGGUCAAACCCUAAAAACCCAGAAACCUCAGUCAUUACUAAACAAACCGGGAGACCUGACCCAAUUACAGAGAAACCAGACCACUCUAAAUGCAUAAAGAUGCCAACCGUCGUAAAAAAUACAGAGAAACCACCCGACAAAGAGGGUGUAGAGAAAUGUGAUGUUUCUAAAGAUAUCAAAACUUCUGUAAUUAAAAAGACAGAGAUUUCAGAAAAGAGUAAAGAUGCUGAGAACCUGGCCAUCUCUCAAGAGACCAAUACGUCCUCAUUCCUUAAAAAGGCAGACAAACCAGUUUCCAAUAAAGAAGCAGAGAAACUGGAGAGCAUUAAAGAGACUAAAUCGUUGGUCAUUAAAAUGACAGUGAAACCAGAGGCAUCUAAACAUGCAGAGAAAUGUGAUAACCCUAAAGACAAUAAAAUGUCAGCUGUCACCAAGGAGAAACCUGCUGUAGGCACAGAUGCAAAGGCUGCCGCUGAGGUGAAGGAAAAAGCUGUCCUGGAGGAAGUUUUCUCAGCGUCUAUCUGUAAAGAUGAAAUGAGAACUGUUGCUAAAGCGACUAGGACACAAUCUGGACCAAAAGACAUGGAGAUGGCAGACGUCUCUGAGAAAACAACCCAAUCACAACUGGGUGAACCCAAAAAGGUAGAGAAAUCGGCUACCCCUAAAGAUGCAGAGAAAUGUGCUACCCCUAAAGACACAGAUAAAUCUACUGAAUUGGUUACCCCUAAAGAAGGUGGGAAAUUGGCUACCCCAAAAGACACAGAGAAAUCAGCAAUGCCUAAAGAUACAGUGAAAUAUGCUAAAUCAGCUACACCUACCCCUAAAGAUGCAGAGAAGUCUGCUAAAUCAGCUACACCUACCCCUAAAGAUGCAGAGAAGUCUGCUAAAUCAGCUACACCUACCCCUAAAGAUGCAGAGAAGUCUGCUAAAUCCGCUACACCUACCCCUAAAGAUGCAGAGAAGUCUGCUAAAUCAGCUACACCUACCCCUAAAGAUGCAGAGAAGUCUGCUAAAUCAGCUACACCUACCCCUAAAGAUGCAGAGAAGUCUGCUGAAUCCGCUACACCUACCCCUAAAGAUGCAGAGAAGUCUGCUGAAUCAGCUACACCUACCCCUAAAGAUGCAGAGAAGUCUGCUGAAUCCGCUACACCUACCCCUAAAGAUGCAGAGAAGUCUGCUGAAUCCGCUACACCUACCCCUAAAGAUGCAGAGAAGUCUGCUGAUUCCGCUACACCUACCCCUAAAGAUGCAGAUAAGUCUGCUGAAUCCGCUACACCUACCCCUAAAGAUGCAGAGAAGUCUGCUGAAUCCGCUACACCUACCCCUAAAGAUGCAGAGAAGUCUGCUGAAUCAGCUACACCUACCCCUAAAGAUGCAGAGAAGUCUGCUAAAUCCGCUACACCUACCCCUAAAGAUGCAGAGAAGUCUGCUAAAUCCGCUACACCUACCCCUAAAGAUGCAGACAAGUCUGCUGAAUCCGCUACACCUACCCCUAAAGAUGCAGAGAAGUCUGCUGAAUCAGCUACACCUACCCCUAAAGAUGCAGAGAAGUCUGCUGAAUCCGCUACACCUACCCCUAAAGAUGCAGAGAAGUCUGCUAAAUCCGCUACACCUACCCCUAAAGAUGCAGAGAAGUCUGCUGAAUCCGCUACACCUACCCCUAAAGAUGCAGAGAAGUCUGCUAAAUCAGCUACACCUACCCCUAAAGAUGCAGAGAAGUCUGCAGAAUCCGCUACACCUACCCCUAAAGAUGCAGAGAAGUCUGCAGAAUCCGCUACACCUACCCCUAAAGAUGCAGAGAAGUCUGCUGAAUCCGCUACACCUACCCCUAAAGAUGCAGAGAAGUCUGCUGAAUCAGCUACACCUACCCCUAAAGAUGCAGAGAAGUCUGCUAAAUCUGCUACACCUACCCCUAAAGAUGCAGAGAAGUCUGCUAAAUCAGCUACACCUACCCCUAAAGAUGCAGAGAAGUCUGCUAAAUCGGCUACACCUACCCCUAAAGAUGCAGAGAAGUCUGCUAAAUCAGCUACACCUACCCCUAAAGAUGCAGAGAAGUCUGCUAAAUCCGCUACACCUACCCCUAAAGAUGCAGAGAAGUCUGCUAAAUCAGCUACACCUACCCCUAAAGAUGCAGAGAAGUCUGCUAAAUCAGCUACACCUACCCCUAAAGAUGCAGAGAAGUCUGCUAAAUCAGCUACCCCUACCCCUAAAGAUGCAGAGAAGUCUGCUAAAUCCGCUACACCUACCCCUAAAGAUGCAGAGAAGUCUGCUAAAUCAGCUACACCUACCCCUAAAGAUGCAGAGAAGUCUGCUAAAUCAGCUACACCUACCCCUAAAGUCGCAGAGAAAUCGGCUAAAAACACAGAGACGAUCUCUAAAAAGAUUGUUCUAUCUUCUAGGGGACAGAAACCAGACACUGAAGAAACUGAGAAACUGGCAGACACAAAGCCAGUUGCAGAAAAAGGAGAGAAACUUGUCACCUUUCAGGACGCCAAGCAAUUACCCUCUCUCAAAAAGUCUGUCCCAGUGGAGGUGAAACAGGAGGAGCCUAUGGAAAUGUGUUCGGAAAAGUCAACACAUGACAACAUAAAGAUCAAGGGACAUGCUGAAAAAGGCUGGCCUAAAAAGGCUGUUAAAAGUGGAGUAAAGUCUGAGACCAACCCUAUCAAAGACCCAAAGCCCAUGAACUGUGAUGCAUCAUCAGAAAAACAGGCUAUUAGUAAGAAGGCAUCAUCUCUCACUGAGGGUGAGACGGACAAAAGCCAGCACAAAGUAAUCAAGGAAGAUGCCACAACACAGGGAUGCCCCCCAAAAGAGGAUGGGAGUAAGCCUGAUCAUCCUAAGAAAAAUGACAAAAUGGAGGAUGAUGGAACUGAGAAAGAUGACAAAAAUUCAACGGUAGAAGAGAAAUUGGUUCAGGCAAAAGCAAGUGAGGGGUCUGAGGAAGAUGAUAACAAAGAGGAUGAGGACAAGGGUGAAAAAAAGGAUGCGGGAACAACAUCAGAGAUCCAAGAGGAGGGAAUUCGCCUGAAAAUACGCGGGAUUACCCACCGGAGGAGAGCUGAGCUCCAGAGAAAGGAGAGGGACUCUGGGUCAGAUACUGGUGAGACUGGGAGAUCCCUGAGGAGGUCACCCAGGAUCUGCAGGCCGACCGCUAAGGGGGUGGAGUUCCAGGACAGGAGGAUGGAGAAGAAAGAGGCCACACCCCCUGUAGAGAAGGGUGAUGAGGAGAAAACUGUUCAGAGGAAACCGAGAGAGAAGGUUGAUCAAGAUGGACUGUACAAAUCUAAGGGGCGACGGAGGAGAAAGACCAGGUGGUCCAACACUCGAACACAAAGGCGCAAAAAUAAUGAUUCUGGUGAAGACUAUGAAAGUGAGUCGAGUGAAGAGGAGAGCGAAGAGGACAACAGUGAUGAAAGCUUUAAGGUGGAGAGGGGCAAGAGGAGGAAGAGGAACAGAGAGAGGCACAGCGAUGACUCUGACACCUCCUCGGAUGAUGACCUCCCUCCUAACGAUGACCCCUGCAAACACUGCGGCCUCCCCAACCAACCUGAGCUGAUUUUGCUGUGUGACUCGUGCGAUAGCGGCUACCACACGGCCUGCCUCAGACCCCCUCUCAUGAUCAUCCCAGACGGGGAGUGGUUCUGCCCACCCUGCCAACAUAAGCUGCUCUGUGACAAGCUUGAGGAGCAGCUUACUAAUCUCGAUGCUUCCCUGAAAAAGAGGGAGCGCGCUGAGCGACGAAAAGAGCGGUUGGUCUAUGUUGGAAUCAGUGUUGAAAACAUCAUCACUCCCUCGUUGGAGGUAGAGGAAGAAAGGGAGGAAGAGGUGGUAAAGAAGGAGAAGAAGGAGCGAACCAAGAGCUGGGGUCGAAGGUCCACAAGGGCAAAGAAAAGCAUAAGCUACAGGUUUGAUGAAUUUGAUGAGGCUAUUGAGGAGGCAAUUGAAGAAGACAUCAGAGAGGCUGAUGGUGGAGGAGCUGGUCGAGGCAAGGACAUGGCCAACAUCACAGGCCAUAGCAGAGGGAAGGACAUGUCCACUAUCCUGGCAGCAGGAGAGGGUGGCGAGGGCGGCGAGGGCAAGGAGAAUGGGUGCCUGCCACGGCCCAACGCCAGCCAGCGCAGGAAGAAGCGCCGGCGUCUCAACGACCUGGACAGCGACAGCACUAUGGAGGAGGAAGAGAGCGAGGACGAGUUCCGUCUCAGUGACAAUACGGAGGAAGAGGAGUUUGUGGCGUCGGACAAGAGCGAUGCAGAGAGCGAAGUGGCAGUCGACUCCAAUGACGACAGCGACUUCGGCAGCACACAACGCAGAACCGCCAGGACAAGGAGGCCAGCCAAACGUCAGAGGAGUGCUCAGCCGCGACGGCGCCGCACACCACGAAGGUACUCAGACGAUGAAGAGGAGACGAGUGAGGAAGAAAUGGUGUCGGAGGGCUCCAGCGAGUUCAGCGAUAGCGACCUGGACUGUAGCCGACGCCGAUCCCGCCGGAGUCAGACGACGAAGCAGGUCAACUACUGCGAGUCGUCCGGAGACUCUGACGGCUCCAAGGCCAACACAAACCGUGACAAAGUCAAACCGUGGCGGCGCCUCGCCAGUUCAGACAGCGAAGCGAGCUCCUCCAGAGGCUCAGACGACAGCGAGAGGGAGAGGACUAGGUUAAAGAGGAGGGCCGACUCGUCCGAAAAAGAGUCCCAGCAGCACCGCAGACGACUUUCGCUGAAACGGCGGCGAGCCUCUGAGGAGGACGAUGACGACCACGAUUCCGAUGAAUCAUCUGAGGGAGAACGUCCUGUCCGCAAGCGUGUGAACCGCAUCGACUCGGACGACUCUGACAAGGAGGAGGAGGAGGAGAAGGAGACGAAAGAAACCAGGGAAGAGGAGGAAGGGGGAGUGCUGGGGAAGGGAGCCAGCCCGUUGGACUACGGCCUGGUGGAGCUGCAUCCCCCCACCAAUGGACAGAGUCCCAUCAAGGCCCUAGAGGGCCUGGCUCACAUUGGGCCCCAAAAACCUGGGGCCACAGCUGUCGCCAUAGCACCCAAUGGACUGGAGUUGGCACCACAGGAUGAUGAUGAGGAUGACCUGCUGGGGGUCACAGACUUGGUGGACUUUGUCUGCAACAGUGAUAUGUUGUAAAAACCCAAGAUGUACGUUUGUUCUUUUCUGUAGUAUUUUUAAAAAUGUUUCUGUCCUGUCCUUAUUAUAAAACUGUUUUAUUCAUCCUCCUUGUCCCCCCCCAUUAGUAUGACCCCAUCCAUCCGUAUGAACUGGACAUCUUACGGGGGGAAAGUUCAUUGUCUUCACACCUUUCGCAGUGUGAUUGUACAGUCAUUGAGAGCACUAACUCCGAAGGUUGUUAAGUGGCACGUUACAUUGCAUUGUCUUAUCCUCUGUACUCGGUCACCGAUGGACAUGUGGGUCAGAUACUUGACCGUAAAUGACACACAAAUCAACCUACCUGUUUCUCCAGCCAACUUCUAGGGUUGUCUACUCAGGGGUCCAUCCACUACCCCCACAUACAAAGAGUCCAUCUCCCAAAUUCUUGGUUGUGUUCAUUAGGCCCCAAACGGCAAAAAACCGACAGACCGGGAGGGGACUACCUUGCCUUGUCCAUUUAAGAAACGCUGAUUUUCUGUUGUGUGACCUAAUGAACAUGACCCAUGACUUCCUGUUCUGAGAGGCACCUCUCAGUAUUCCUGCCUGGCAAAGAGGACAUUUUCUUGUAUGACAUUAAUUGUUUGUUGGUAGGAUGUAAAUGUGUAUUGUUCAACAUUUUUAUGAGAAUAGAUGUCAGGGGUCAAACUGCAUUCCAUUUACGACUUAAAUUAACAUAGUUUUGUGGAUCAACUGCUGGAAACCAAUCGUUGUUUUUAUCCCCCUGCUCUUUACCCCAAACUUUAAAUAUGAAUGUCUUUCACUUUUUUGAUAUUUGAAUUCCACAUUUUAAUCCUCUUACAUCGAUCAAACUAUUUAUUCUUUGUUUUGAUGUGUUAAAUUUUAUUAGUCAUUUGUUUGAUAAGCUAAACCAUUACACAGGUUUCCCACUUUCUUUUAUAGACCAUUUAAAACAAGCACUGGAUGAAAAAGCAUGAGCAUAACAGUUUAAGUCAGAAUUCCCAUAGGAAAACAUGACACAGAACCAUCGUCAUCAUCAUGCUAGAAACAGCUUUUUUAACUGACAGACUGGGAGACCAGACCCACAACCGAUCUCAUACUUUCUAGAAAAUACAAUCUCCAAAAGUGUUUCUCAUGGAUUUGGUUAAUUGUUUUUACUCAAAGUAUUGAAAUGUUGUACUGCAGCCUAUAUCCCGUUUUUAUUUUUAUCAAACGUUCCCAUCAAGUGGUAUUUUUAACCGUUUUUAAUUAUUGUUACAAACACUAUUAAGGCAGCUAGCUCCUCAGUGCAUCACGCCAAAUUACAGGUGUCAUUUAAUCAACAUUAAAAUGUGUUAACUACCACCACAUUGACAAGACUUUCCUUUAAAUGGAGGUUUGAGUGUAUUUAAUGUCACCAACUAGAGUAGACCAACCCUGAUCUUCUCACCUCUGUGUGCAUAUGUUUCUAAAAACCCUAGUUUAGUUUUUGUGUACGUAUAAAUAUAAUUUUAGUGUGUGCUGCCAACACUAUCAAUGGAUUAAAUUCCCAUGUUUUAGACUUUUAUAUGCUAAUAUUCGAAGGGAUUUGUUAUGUACAGAAUUUUCUGCCAACUUUCUCUGUUCCUCUCAAUAACCAUGUCAGCAUUUUAACCAUUAUUUUACGUAUGUUGUGUUUUUAUAAUGUAUUUCUUUGUAUAUCAAAUCAUCCACUUAUUGUUUUCCUCCUUAGCAAACCAAGUGGCAUACUGUUUCCUAUGUACCUUGUCGAUACUGUAUGUAGGUUCAAAACCUUGAAGUAAAGGUACUUACUGAGUAUACACCUGUCGUUGUUCAUCGACUAUUUUUUUUUUUUUUUAAACAUUUUUUAAAAUGUCCCCUGGUCUUUUCGGAAUCCUCUGCCACCACCAGUGUUGAUUGUAGAGAACACUACCCUCGCUCUAGUCUUCCCUCUACAUCUUACUGCAUCAACUGGAGACUAAAUAAAUGUCUCCGAUCUCAGAAAGCCUAUCCUUUGUCUGUUCUCAAAUAUGAGCUCAUUUUGGUUUUAGGGUUCCAUUUUGAGGUCAGGUUAAAUCACUGCCUUUCUGGGCCUAUGUUCAAACAGUUUCUCAGAGUAGGACUGCUGUCCAUAUUAUUCAUAAUGAUCUAAAAUGCAACUGAUCCUAUAUCAGCACUCCUACUCUGAGACUGAAUACAGGCUCUGGCCUUGAAUCAAAAGAAGAUUAUGGAUAAACGGCAUGCUGGAUUAAUCUUUGUUAGGGAAUGAUAUACCAGAAUGCAACUUGUUUGGGGGAAAUGGUUCAGACCAUAAAUUGACCUCUAAUGUUAGUGUGUAUAUCUAGUUUUUGCUGUAAUGUAUAUUUAGAGGCAUUUUCUUUUAUCAUGGAAAUAAAUAUAUUUGGCAAUUA